AUGGAAGACAGUAAAAUUCGCGAGGCGAUUAAAUUUUUAUCUGAAGGCGAUAAAGCAACAGAGAAGAAUUGGUUUAAAAAACCAGAAUGGGAUAUUGCAGGACAAAGAUAUGAAAAAGCAGCUUCCAGUUUCAAAGCUGCACGCUCAUAUGAACAAGCAAUUCAAGCUUAUCAAAAAGCUUCAGAUGCUUUAUUCAAAUCAGAUUCUCAACAAUUAAAGCAACCUGAACGUGCUGCUGAAAUGUAUAAAAAAGCCAGUGAUCUUUAUUUAGCACAUAUGGUACCAGAUAGAGCUGGUGAAAUGUUAGAAAAGGGUGCAAGGGCAUUGGAGCCUGUAAAUGUGGAUGAAGCAAUAGAAAUGUAUAUGGCAGCAUGUACGUUAUUCGAAACUGAGGAACGUGGAAGAUUUGCAAUUGACACAUUCAAAAGAACCAUAGCAAUAAUGAUUAGGAAUAAAAGAUUUGAGUUAGCUACAGAGAUAUUACAUAGGCUUAAUGCAAUAUAUACUGAUAGCAAUAAUCAACAAGGAAUCAAUAAAACAUGUUUAAGCAUUAUAAUACUUUUACUGGCAACUGAAGAUGAAGUGGAAGCAAAGAAACAAUUUCAACUAUUUUGCCUUUUUUUAUUAGAUGCGUUUGAACAAGGUGAUCAAGAACUUUUAGAACAAGCUGUACGUAGGCAAGUUGUCACUUUUUUGGAUAAUGAAGUUGUGAGACUUGCAAGGAGUUUGCAAGUUCCUGGUGCAUCACAUUGGCCACCUCCAUCACAUUCUUCACAACUACAACAACCACCGCCAAUAUUAUCACAACAAGACCAAUCCUUUAAAUCUCAAAGCCACCAACAAUUAAAUAAUCAGGUACCACACGGUCACCAACAAUUAAAUAAUCAACCGAACAUUGGAACACCAAAUGAAAAUAUAGUUGAAGAGGAGGAUGAAGAAG